CAAAUGGUGUUUGGUCUUUCUGGCAUUGGACUGGGCAGACUGGAUUUGGAAAGCAAAGAGGCUCAAUGCUGAGGCAUAGAUCACGUUUGCUACUGGAAUAAGGCAACUGCAAUGGAAAAAAUAUGUUCUCCUAGUCCCAGGAACAACUGACGAUACAAAGGACAAUGCACAGUGUAUGUGCUGAUGACAUUUUGUGUGCUGUGACAUGGUUUUUGCCAUGGCAUCUGAGACUGAAAAGGCCCAUGCUCUUCUCCAGACUUUCAGUACAGCUUCAGUUAUUUCUAGUCUAGGUUUGGGAAUAUUCUGUUUUGUAGCAGACAGACUUCUGCAGUUUUCCUUCAUUCAGCAAAAUGACUGGCUCCGAGCCUUCUCUGAUAAUGCAGUGCAUGGUAUACUAGGAAUGUGGUCCUGGGCAAUAGUGAUUGGACUCAGGAAGAAAAGUGACUUCACUGAGGUCACCCUGGCUGGCUUCCUCGCCUCUGUAAUUGAUGUGGACCACUUCUUUCUUGCUGGCUCCCUGUCAUUAAAGGCUGCUCUGACUCUUCCAGAGAGACCAGUUCUUCAUUGUUCUACUGUGAUUCCUGUUGUGGCUCUGACAUUAAAGUUUAUUAUGCACCUUCUCAGGCUUAAGGAUUCAUGGUGCUUUCUUCCCUGGAUGUUGUUCAUAUCCUGGACUUCCCAUCACAUCCGUGAUGGGAUUCGUCAUGGCCUCUGGAUCUGCCCAUUUGGAAAAACUCCUCCUUUGCCAUAUUGGCUGUAUGUGGCAAUUACAGCAUCUUUACCUCAUCUGUGUUCAUUUAUUAUGUAUUUAACAGGCACUAGAGAAUUAAUGUCUAUAAAACAUGGAAUUCGCAUUGAUGUAUAAGAAUGAUGGCUCUUAAAGGUAGUUUCUAUUAGCACUUGAAAUAACCUGUUUGUUUGUCACUGAAGUGGUUUCCUUAUGUUUCCUAUGACUUCCGGGUUAGGCAUUUUAAGCCAGUGGAGCCAGUCAGAGCUCCUCAUUCCUUGAGGUCAUAGAAACCUAUUUAAUGAAUGGUAAUACUUUUAUAUCUAUACAUUCUCCUUGUAAAAUAUAUGGCCUUCCGUUAUAGUUCGUGCAUAGCUGGCUGAUUUAUAAAGUACUUAGUCUCACUGUAAUUUUACUGUCAUGGUGCCAUUCAUCUGGUAACCAUUCACUUUGGAUUUGUAUUCAGCCUUUAGGUAAUACAUUUCAUCUAGAUAGCAUUUGUAUAGCACUUUUAAAAUGUAAAGUACUAUAUAAAUGCUAAGUAUUAGCGACAAUUUAGUUGUGUAUGGCACUUCUGAAAAACAUUAGUUAGCCUUUUGUAUUCAACUGUUUUAAAAGAAGUGCUGUUUGUAUUUCACAAUGUGCAACUGUGUAUCUGUACCUCAUCGAACACUGCUAUCACAUGGUGUUUCUACUAAAUUCUAUUCCUCUGUAGUUGCUUGGUACUCAAUUUGCAGAUAAUUACUAGCUGUUAUUUGUGGUUAGAAACGAGAAGACAGUUUGGUUACAGUAUUAUGUGUUGGCCAAAUUGUUUAAUUUUAAAAAUAUAGUAAUUAUGAAUAUUAUUUAAUUUGAAACUAAGGAAUUUUAGUAAAUAUUUAAGGAUUGUGUGAAGGUAAACUUAUUUAUUACAGUAAAACAUAAGCUUUAGGGAAGAUUCAGGAGGAUAUAAGAAAAUCAAAAUUGCUCAAAAUGUGAGUUUGCUUAAAGACCUUACUACUGUACUCAUAAGCAUUUUCCAUUAUGUGCAAGAUCAUCAUUAUUAUUUUAAAAUAAAAUGCAUUAUUAUUAUUAUUAUUAUACAAAACCAGAAAUUUCCUCAUAAAUAAGUUCCUUAAGGAAAAAUGUUAUUAUGUUGCAGGUUCAUAACAUAGUAAUUUGCCCUGUGGACUAUUCAAAGUAAGCAGUUUCAUUUUCAGAAAUUUCUCAGAAAAAGUCCCAAAAUAAAAAUUAAGCUUUUGUCUAGUUUACAGUAUACAAGCUGAGAAAUGUCUAUUAAUAAUUGUUUUGUUAAUUUUUUUAUUCAUUGAACUCCAUUGUCCAUUAAGGAGAUGGGGCCUUAAUUAUUCCAGUUUAUGAUGAAUAGCUGUCAAAAGGGAUUCUUUUUUAUGGAAGAGAUUAUAUAGGGUAGCAUGUGCUGAACUUAAGUUAUCAGAAGGUACAAAGGCUAGAUGAUGUGUUCAUACUACAUUAGUAAAUGUAUGCUAGUACAACAUACAGAAGAAUACUAACUGGGAUGGCUGGCUUAAAUGGUACUGGAGACCCUGUGGCUGCAAAGUAAUAAAGGCUGUCUGCAGCACACUAAGUUAAUUACGGAAAGUGUUUCAUCCUUCUAAAAUGUGCCUUUCCACAAAAGAAUAGUCUCUGCCUUAUUCGUUCUUCAUGUUAGAAAUGUGUGCUUAUAGAAACUUGCCUGACAGUACAGUGGGCCUGUUUAGCCUUUAUUAUAAAAUGAAUAAAAGGUUUUUUUUCUUGGAAAGAAGGUUGGAAAAGCAGAACAUUCCUUAAAGGAUUAUCCUCAUAUUGUGGAUUUCUGUCUUUGAUAGUAUGUAAAAGUUUCCCAGAAACAACAUGAGAACUAUCUUGCUUUAGAGCCCUCAGAGCAGGAACUGUCUUUUAUACAAAUCAUGGUGGUUUAGUAGAGCGUUGCUCGUUCAUUUACUUCUAACCUGUAUUUUAAACUAUAGGCUAUGAAAUGCCAAUAACGAAUAUAUUUUCUGCAAGAAGUGAACAUUAAGAUCUGUGAAGAAAAUUUUCUGUAUUCUUGUUUCAUGGUAUAAUAUUUGUAUAAUUUUGUGCUUUAUCCAGAUUUGUUGCAAAGGGAAAUGCAUAUAGGAACAAAAUGGAGAAUUACACUUUCUCAUUUUUUAGAUUGUAGCUGUAGUAUUUUUGGUAACUAUGUGUCCACCAAAAGUCCUUAAGAUUGGUACUGUACUGUUCUAGCUGUGUUUAAGGAUCAGUUAAUGGGUACAUCUUUGGUACUUUAAAAACACCUAUUUUCAUUCUCUGUAUUUCUUCUUAUUUUUUUGGGGGGGGGGGUUACAAUAAUUUUCAGCUGUAUUUCAAAAUAUUAUUUUUCUCAAUAUGUUCUUCUAUCAGUUCUACCACAGCAAUAGGUGAACACCACUUAGAAAUGCAUUAAGGAAAGUAGCAAGCACGUGUGACACGACUUCUUUCUCUCUCCCUCCAAACAGACAUGGCAGUCUCACGCCUCAUCCUGACAUUUAGGCAAGUUUAGUUCAGGCCAUUGACAACUUUUAAAGGUAAACGGACACAUUGCAUGUAAUGCUGUAAUUUGUGGGCAGCCAGAUGAGAGAACAAGGGAGAUGGUAAAUAUUUGUUUCAGCCCAUGACACCUGGGAGAUACACCUGCCUAUUACAAAUGAGUUGCUUAACAUUUUCUUAGCAGUAUUGAGGGCUGGAGCACCUCUCCUAUGAGGACAGGCUGAGAGAGUUGGGAUUGUUCAGCCUGGAGAAGAGAAGGCUCCGGGGAGAUCUAAUUGCGGCCUUCCAGUACCUGAAGGGGCCUACAGGAAAGCUGGUGAGGGACUGUUUGUCAGGGCCUGUAGUGACAGAACAAGGGGUAAUGGGUUUAAGCUGAAGGAGGGUCGAUUUAGAUUAGAUGUUAGAAAGAAAUUCUUUACUGUGAGAGUGGUGAGGCAGUGGAACAGGUUGCCCAGAGAAGCUGUGGAUGCCCCCUCCCUGGAAGUGUUUAAGACCAGGUUGGAUGGGGCUUCGGGCAACGUGGUCUAGUGGAGGGUGUCCCCGCUCGCAGCAGGGGGGUUGGAACUAGAUGAUCUUUGAGGUCCCUUCCAACCCAAACCAUUCUAUGAUUUCCUGUACAUUUCAAAUUUAUUGAUAUUUCCAACUAUGCAUUGAUAGUUGCCACGUGUAGCAAAUCCAUGGCAAAAAUAAACCAAGAUACUAAAAACAACGAAUUUGUGCUUUACUGCAUGCAUUACAAUAAAGAGUAAAUGUGAAGUACCAAAAGCACUUGAGUUACACAAAAAAUUAACAAACUCAAGCUAAUAAUUUUCUGCACAACAUUUGAUACAUAUCACUAAAAUACUAGUUAUUGCAGUGGUUCAUUUACUAUGGUAAUCUAAACUUUUUUCGAUGUAUUUUUAAGUUGUACUUACAAAGUUGAAGAUAAUGUGGGGUUUUUCUGAUUUACUUUUUUGUUAGAACUGGACUGCUUUUUCAUGUUUUAAGGCUAUUGUAAAAAGUAGGUACUAAUAAUUGCCAACUUAAAAGAAAAAUGUUAGAAUGUUUCUUCUCCCCAGUACUCUGAAAUAAGAUAAAAUUUCUCCUAAUUCCCUACUGGCCUUAACAGAAAGAGUGAACACAUUUUUCCUAUGAGUUUAUAUUCUAGCUUAAAAUGUAAUCUAUUUUCACAUGACUACUGGUACCACUUUUUCCUACAGUGAAGUAUAUUGUAUCAUGUGCCUUUAAUUGGUUAUUGAUAAAUGAAUUACAUGUAAUUGAUGCCAUGCUCCAAAGAAAAUGCUGGUGAGUUUUAAUUAAACUGGAAUAAUUU